UACUAUCAAAGGUCAGGUCUAGGUUCAUGCGAUGCCCGGCGAGGAAGAUGGUGCAAUCAGGAUGGAUGCAUACCCAUUUCUCCUGGGGCUUGUCGGGUUUAGGGGUGCCGGUAUUUGGAUUUUCCUUUAUUUCUCGCCAUCGUUUGGGGUUCCGAGCUUUGAGGGGGACUCUUCUCGGGAGGGGCAUGAUGUGUGUGUGUGUUUUCUGGUCACAAGAUGCCGCUUCACUUUGAGUUGGGAAUUUGCUGAAGAGAUAACACAAUGCAUGAGAGGAGUGUGCAUGGAAAUCGGUGAUGGGAGCUCAGAUUUAUAUACUCCGGUUAAUAUGAGUGUCCAAUGCGGCGGAGAGGUCACCAUAGUCAUCAUCGUAGAACAGUCAUUCUUGAUAUUGGCUACUUCAACUGCUUUGCUAGCCAGAUACCUAUCAACUGGUUGUCGCUUUCAACGUGGAAAGGCUGUCUUGAGUGACUAGGCUAGUAAUCCCACAAACUGCGGUUGAAUCAAACGGGGUUAGUCAGUGCUGUCGAGAGUUUGGUGUCUUUGUGACGAGCGGGAGAAGAAAAAGUUCUGCCUGUCUGCUUUGCAAAACCAGUUAGAUCUUGGAGCUUUCUCGCGAUUUUGGCGCUCGAUGUUGAGA